UCUACAAAACCUCAACCAAAAAACAAGAAUACCACCAAAAUCCACUGACCUUUCUGUUACUGAAAUUUUGUUUUCCUUCCUAUAAAUAAAAACCCUAUUAGCUUUUUUCUACUACUAUCUUUUUCUCUACUCUACCUCUUCCUUUGUCUCUCUCAACACUUUCAUUUUUUCCAUUUAAUUUUCCCCAAAUGGGUCUUUAUCACUAAGAUUAAUUUACAAAAGAUCAAAAAAUUCCAUUUUUGCACAAAAGGGGUUGCUUAAAUUUAUCUGAAUUGCACAAUUCUAGUAUUUUCUUGAAAUUUAAGGUUUUUUUUUUUUUUGUGGGUUUUAAGGUUUUUAAUUUUCAAUGGCUGUGUGUGGUGAAACAACAGUGGUUGAAACACCUGAUGUUCAAUCUCUUUCACCAAACACUGAUAAUAAUAAUAAUAAUAAUAAUAAUAAUGGUGUUGUUAAUGAAGAAUCUGAUUUGAUCUCUAGUGAAAAAUCAUCAGAUAAUAAUAAUAAUAAUUAUCAAAUGCAAGAAUUUGUUGAUAUGUUGAAGAAACUGAAGUUGAAUCCAUCAGCUAAGGAAUUUUUUCCUUCUUCUUAUAAUAAUAAUAAUAAUCGUGGGGUUGAUCAGAUGCUUCUCAGUAACUUUGUACCAGCUAACAAGACUGAUGGUUUUAACAGAAGGAGAGGCAACAACUAUAACCAGGGCAAAAGGAGAAUGAACAAUAGAGCUUAUAAGGCUCAAAGAGAAGAUAGCAUCAGGCGAACAGUAUAUGUUUCUGAGAUAGAUAACAACGUUACCGAAGAGCAGCUUGCUGCUUUGUUUAGUGCUUAUGGACAAGUUGUUGACUGCCGAAUUUGCGGUGAUCCUCAUUCCCGUCUUCGCUUUGCUUUCGUGGAGUUCUCUGACGAAUCAGACUCUGCGAGAGCAGCACUUAGCCUUUGUGGGACAAUAUUAGGUUUCUCUCCGCUGAAGGUCCUACCUUCAAAAACUGCUAUUCUACCCGUGAAUCCUACAUUCCUUCCAAGGUCAGAGGAUGAGCGUGAGAUGUGCGCCAGGACAGUCUAUUGUACAAAUAUUGAUAAGAAGGUUACUCAGGUUGACGUUAAGACUUUUUUUGAAACAAGAUGUGGUGAGGUUUCUCGUCUGAGGCUUUUGGGGGAUCACGUGCACUCAACCCGCAUUGCUUUUGUUGAGUUUGUAAUGGCUGAGAGUGCAAUUUUGGCGUUAGACUGUUGCGGUGAGGUAUUGGGAUCCCAACGCAUCAGGGUGAGUCCUUCAAAAACACCAGUGAGGCCACGGCUUCCCCGUGCCAUGAUGCAGUAGCCGAUGCGUGUGCUCAUGACCUGGAAAAAGAGUUCAGGCAAGCCCUCUCGGAAGACUUGGAGGUGCAGGAAAGUGAGACAAAAAUCUGUUUCAGUAAUUUCAAUCAUCUUUUCUUUUUAUUUUCCUUUUUGACUGCCUUACAGUAACUUUAUUGGUACUGAGCUUGACAUAACCUCCGCGUAACAAACUUUUAAUUGGAAUAUCCGUACCUUUAG